AUGGUCUGGCGCCAUACAUCUCAGUCCUACCUCUCUGACUCCUCAUCGCUGUCUAAUGCGGAUUUUAUUACUCUCCCUCAACAAAUUUUGCUUUGUUCCUCCCCUCCUCUUGAUCGUGAUACUUCUCUUCCUUUCAAUGAGCUCUCUACACAUCAAAUUUUUGCAACCGCUCUACUGACACUCUGGCAAGCGCAUUGGUGCUGGAUCUUUGACCAAGCCCCGGUUAUCGCUGAUAACGUUCAACAACGUCUUGCUCGCUCGCUUGCUCGCUUGGAUGCCGAAUUAAAUCCAGAUUCGUAA